AAAGACUUCUGAACAUUCCGACACCAUGGCCGACUCGCUCACCGAGGAACAGGUCUCUGAGUUCAAGGAAGCAUUUUCUCUAUUUGACAAGGACGGCGAUGGUCAAAUCACAACCAAGGAGCUCGGCACGGUUAUGCGCUCCUUGGGGCAAAAUCCUUCCGAAUCCGAACUUCAAGACAUGAUUAACGAAGUCGAUGCUGAUAAUAAUGGCACUAUUGAUUUCCCCGAAUUCCUGACUAUGAUGGCCCGAAAGAUGAAGGACACGGAUUCGGAGGAGGAAAUUCGCGAGGCAUUCAAGGUAUUUGACCGAGACAACAAUGGCUUUAUCUCGGCGGCUGAGCUCCGUCAUGUCAUGACGUCUAUUGGCGAGAAACUCACAGACGACGAAGUCGACGAGAUGAUCCGAGAGGCAGACCAGGACGGCGACGGACGAAUUGACUACAAUGAAUUUGUCCAGCUCAUGAUGCAGAAGUAGACACAUGGCUUGAUCCCAUGAAAUAAGAAAAAAGAAAUGAAGACAGAUAGGCGGGAAUUCAGUCCUUGAGCUAAGUGGGUCGGCAAGUGAGAUCGUGAUAUUGUUCCGUUUUCAGCUGCUUAAUUCUUCCAUUGCGUUCUGCACGGGUAGUAAGCGUAUUUCCAUGGAUAUGUAAGGGGUUCCUCUUCGGAUCAGGAUUAAUAGUGACUGCUCUGGGGCUUCUCUGGAAGUUGCGGACUAACAAUGUCAGAACACAAAUAAAGGUACGGAAUGAUGUGUGUAUUUAUCUAAGUGACGUUUUUGAUACUUUAUAGGGAUGUCUAACUAUAGUGAAAAACUAGGGGAAAUAAGUGUGGAUGUAUAGGAAUAAGGU